AUGUCUCGCAGACUAUCCAAAAUACCCACAAAGGCUCGCUUUGCCACACAAUGCCUUCAAUCACUCAUAUCGGUGGCAGUCUUUCAAAUCCAACCUUCCAAGGACACCAACAUUGCUAUGCGGCUACUCUGGAUAGCAAUUCUUCCUAUCACCACCGCGAUUCUUCACAUCAUGGACGACAUUGUCAACGGGCGCUUCGGGAAAUGUACGGAAGCGUGUCUACCCCAAUCUUACGCUGUACCGGUUUCGAUGAUGCUUGUUGCUCUUGGCCAUCUCGCAAUGUGGGCUCAAAGCUAUUUCACCGUCGCUACCACCACCAUAGAUCGUGGCAUAGAUGCUCAAAGGUGCGCACUCCACUUCGCAAUGGCAUUCUUCAUCCUCUCCGAAUGUGAGUUCUACCGGCUCUAUUGGAUGGCGCACCGACGAGAAAGUCACUUCAAUCUGAGCUCACUUUUCGAUACUAUCAGUCAAGCCAAUCACGACCCGGACUUCGAAGAAAGCAGAGACUGUAUAUUUUAUCACUUCACGAUACCACAUCCACCUCGAGACGGCUGGAUGUCCAGACAAGGCUUCAAGUGGUGGGUGAAGGAGUUACUCUGUACAGCAAUCUUUUAUUUUGUGGGUAUGGCAUGUCUCAAUUAUCCCGUAAAGCGUCUGGCAAACCCCGACCCAGAGGGCGACAGCUUCCCGUUAUCUAGCCAAUUUCUGGAGAAUGCUGUUCUGGUCGAUCGUGGAAUGUAUGGAAAGUGCUUGGACGCGGGCUAUACCCAUACUGUCCAUCGAUUCUUUUCGUUUCGUCUCCGGAGUGACGAAAUCGCUGACUCGGGGCUAUCAACUUCGCGCCAGAUCCACGCGAGUGAGGCAAUCGGGGACUCAGGGCUGUCAGAUCCGCCCCGGGAGAACCUCAGUCAACUGUUCGACGAGCACACAGUUCAAGCCGAGCGCGAGCUUUUGCUCUCACGGAUCUCAUGGCCAGUAUGUCCCAGCGGAGAGGUUCUCUGA